AUAUCAAAUUAAGCACUAAUUGUUGUCUAUUUUGGUGAUGAUGGAAAAGGAAGAAGCAAAAAGGCAUGGUCGGAGGUUGGUGCUUGUGGUGUGUCCUUUCCAAGGCCACAUAAAUCCCAUGCUUCAGCUCGCCACCAUCCUCUACUCCAAAGGCUUUUCAAUUACCGUUCUACACCCAGAAUUCAACUCUCCGAACCAUUCAAACCACCCGAACUUCAGCUUCGUCUCCAUACCAGGCGGCUUGUCUAAUGUCUCCGCCUCGCCUGGGGAUAUUGGCGCCACCAUAUCCGCCAUUAACAGGAGCUGUGAAGCUCCAUUUCAGCGAUGCUUGGAGCAGAUUUUGGAAGCGGAGGAUCCGCACGAUCGGGUUGCCGCUGUUAUUUAUGAUGGGUUCAUGCACUUUGCUCAGCGCGUGGCGAAUCAUCUAAAACUUACUGGGAUUAGCAUGCGUACAAUUGCGGCUGCCACGUUGUUUGCCUUCGCCGUCUCUCGUCAUCCUGACGGCCACGGCUAUAUCCCCUUUCUAGAUUCUCUCUCUCAAUUAGACCAAGAGCCUGAGCUGGAGGCCCUUAAGCUUAAGGACAUAAUAGAAUCCGCGGCAAGAAAUCCAACCUUUUUGGAGUUGAGAGCCAUCAUGACAGAAACAACAAAAAAUGCUUCUGCAAUAAUAGUGAACACAAUCCACUUCCUUGAACAAAAAAUACUAACAAAAGUGCAGCAAAAAUUCGGAAUUCCAAUUUUUCCCGUAGGCCCUUUUCAUAAACUAGCUCCAUCUUCCUCUAGUUCACUGCUAGAGGAAGACACUAAUUGCAUUUCUUGGCUUGACAAACAAGCCCUAGAAUCUGUUAUUUAUGUGAGCUUUGGCAGCAUGACAAGCAUGGAUGAAAAUGAGCUUCUGGAGAUUGCCUUGGGCCUAGCUAGCAGUGAACAGCCUUUUUUGUGGGUGGUACGACCUGGUUCGGUGCGUGGCUCGGAAUGGGUAGAGGAGCUUUUGCCCGAGGGCUUCUGGAAAAGAGUAGAAGCAGAAGGAAAAGGUUGCAUUGUCAAAUGGGCACCACAAAAGGAAGUCUUGGCGCAUGGUGCAGUUGGAGGGUUUUGGAGCCAUUGCGGCUGGAAUUCAACCCUAGAAAGUGUUUGGGAAGGAGUUCCGAUGCUAUGCCGGCCAAUUUUUGGUGACCAACCUUUGAAUGUGAGAUAUGUGUGUGAUGUAUGGAAGAUAGGCUUGGAGAUGGAGGGUGUCUUGGAGAGAGGGAAGAUAGAAAAAGGAAUUAGGAGACUGAUGAUAGAUAGUGAAGGCCUAGAGAUAAGGCAAAGAGCAAAAGGUUUAAAGGAAAAAGCUAACUUUUGUUUGAGUGAGGAUGGUUCAUCCUACAAUGCCUUGAAUGAAUUGGUGCAACAUAUAUUGUCAUCUUGAUGACAUGAGGAUGAGGCCAAAUUUCAAUGAUAAACAUGCAUGAGAAUUGAGAUGCUUCCUCUCAAGUUAGAGUAAUGUUAUUAUUCAAACUUAUUUAUCAUAUACAUUUUAUAUCAGUUGAGAUAAUGUGUUUUAAGUGACUUCUCAUAUCAUUUCUACAUCAGAUAUGCUUCUUCUGCUUAUUUCUCUUGAGCAAAGCCAUUUGUACAUCAUAUUGGCUUUUGCUUUUCUUCCUCAAGAAAUGAGUACGACUUCUAAGUCUAAGAACUCUCUUGUUUUCUUCUUCAACCAUUAUUGUCAUGUUAGGGUUUGUUUCCAUCCUCUAAAUUUUUAUUAUUAUUAUCGCUCUACUUCUGCUAGAACUACCAAUAGUGGUAGAGAUAUUGUGGAAAGCCCCAAUCAGUUCUUGAAAUCUGUGAGGGAUCGAUGCAAAUCUCGUAGCUUUGGGAAUCUUGAUGAUGCCUUAAGAGUGUUUAAUAGAAUGCUUCACAUGCACCAUUUGCCUUCCAUUGUGGAUUUUAAUCAAUUGCUGACUGCAAUUGCAAGAAUGAACCAUCACUCAACUGUGAUUUCUUAGAUUAAAGAAAUGCAACUAUCAAGAAUUUCUCCCGAUGUU